CUCAGCCUUCGCCUUUCAUCGAUUCCGGUACCUGAAAUCAAUUGAGAAGAAUGGAGGAAGAGAAAGCGGUGGCUUACUACAACGAGCUCACGCGCAGAGGCGAAGGAGCUGCAAGGUUCAAGCAAGGUCUCGGUUUCUCCUCCAACAACGAUCGGAAGGAUGCCAUUCCAGAACGAGGUUCGGCUCUGCCUUCAUCUUCUUCCUUUCUUAGCACCUUUGUCAGGGCCUCGAGCCCUAGCUCCACCUCCAAGCUCGAGAAACAGUCUCAACUGCAGUCCAUUCAGAACAAGCUCAAAAGGAAGCCAGAAAAAGAACCUAGGGUUUCAGAGAGAAGCAGCCACAGGGAUCGCUCUAGAAGCCGAGACAGAGAUAGAGAUAGGCAUUCGAGGAGGCGAAGCAAAAGCAGGAGCAGAAGCCGAGAGAGGAGGAGGCGGAGGAGCAGGAGUAGGUCACCGCGUCGAGAGCGAAGGUCAGAGAGGACAAGAAGCAGGAGUAGGUCUCCACGUAGAGAGCGACGGUCAGAGAAGAGGCGGAGCAGGAGCAGGAGUAGGUCGCCGCGAGAGCGGAGGAGAUCAGAGAGGGAGGGAAAAGCCACGAAAGAGAGAAACGGCGAAGUUGAUUAUUCACGGUUAAUUGAAGGAUAUGACAAGAUGUCAGCUGCAGAAAGAGUAAAAGCCAAGAUGAAGUUACAGCUUGCCGAAACAGGUAAUAUAAAAGUGAAUAAGUGGUUGAACUCUGAGCUGUAUGCGUUGAAAGAUUUAGAUAUUGAGGGUUGGUGAUGUCAAGAAUUUGGUGACUUGUUUAUCAUGUGAUGGAAAACAUUAGACUUUUAUGGAUAAAGAAGAGACUACUUUUUGAUUUUCUUGUUUUUUAGCUAUGCAGUCUUUCAUGUAAAACCCUCUACUACCCAUAGGAAAAAUAAAGUGGAGAAACUGGUUUCAGCACCUCAGGUUGUAACAGGGAAUUACUUAAUUAGUUCCUGGUCUGGUCUACUCCC